GUCUCUUUCUUCUUCUCUCAGCACGGGCCCAAGCUGUCGCUCUACCUGUACGAGAUGCUGCACGACCACAAAGACGAGUUGAGCAAAGAGGAUCUGAACGCCGUGGCCGUGUUCAUGACCUCGCUCAAGCUCUGCGGCCAUCGCUGCAUCCCGCCCAACACGCCGCACAAAGCCGACCUGCUGAAGGCCAUAAAGGAGGAAAAGCUCAAGUACGAAGCAGAAGAGAAGACGAGCAAAACGGCGUGGGAGAAGAAAAUGGCGAGCACUCAGAGGAAUCUUAUCCAGAGGCUGGACGGGAAGUCCAGAGACAUCUCCAAGAUCGCUGCUGACAUCACGCAGAACGUGUCGCUGCGUCAGGGCAUGGAGAGGAAGAAGGUCAUCCAGCACAUCAGAGGACUGUACAAGACCACGCUGAGCGCCAGCAGACACUGGCAGGAGCUGGUGCAGCAGCUCACACACGACCGGGCGGUUUGGUACGAGCACACUUCUUACCCCACGUCGUGGCAGCUGGACCCGACCGAGGGGCCAAACCGAGAGCGGCGGCGGCUGCAGAGAUGCUACCUCACCAUUCCUAACAAAUACCUGCUGAAGGACAGACGCAAGCCCGAAGACACGGUGAAGCCGGCGUUGUCCUUCCUGUUUGAGGAUAAGACCCACUCGUCCUUCUCCUCCACGGUCAAAGACAAAGCCACCAGCGAGCCCAUCAGGUUCACCAGGCGCUGCAUCAGCGUCGCCCCCUCCAGGGAGACGGCGGGGGAGCUGCUGCUGGGAAAGUCCGGCAUGUAUUUCGUGGAGGACAACGCCGCUGAUGCUCACGACAGCCAGAGUCUUCACGGGGAGACCGAGGCUCCUUCUUUCUCGUGGACCUACGAGGAGAUCAAAGAGGUGCACAAACGCUGGUGGCAGCUGAGAGACAACGGCGUGGAGAUUUUCCUGACCAAUGGCAGGACGCUGCUGUUAGCCUUCGACACGAGCAAGUUCCGUGACGACGUGUACCACAACAUCUUGACCUCUGACCUCCCCAACCUGCUGGAGCACGGGAACAUCACGGCGCUCACUCAGCUGUGGGGCUCCGGUCAGAUCUCAAACUUUGAGUACCUCACACAUCUCAACAAGCACGCGGGACGCUCCUUCAACGACCUCAUGCAGUACCCCGUGUUCCCCUUCAUCCUGAGGGAUUACACCAGCGAGACGCUCGACCUGCAGGAGGCGGGCAUCUACAGGAAUCUGAGUAAACCAAUCGCUGUGCAGUCCAAAGAGAAAGAGGACCGCUACGUGGAUAACUACAGGUAUCUGGAGGAGGAGUACAAGAAGGGGAUCCGAGAGGACGACCCCAUGCCCCCCGUCCAGCCCUAUCACUACGGCUCGCACUACUCCAACAGCGGCACCGUGCUGCACUUCCUGGUCCGGAUGCCUCCUUUCACCAAGAUGUUCCUCGCCUACCAGG